AUGAACAGCGACCGGUCCAGCGAGACGGUCCCGCAAGUCAACGAGGAGGCGCGCGACGUCAAGCCGUCUACCGAGGCCUCACACGCUGCUGGCCCGCCUGCGACCGCGCAAAAGAAGACGGCGUUCUUGGACCAGCUGCCGCCAUGGAUCACCACGAACUUGCGAAGCGCGAAGUCGAGGAAGAUGCUGCUGAGAUGUUGGUUGGGCUCAUGGUGCGCGUUCGUGCUCAUCAUCCCGGACAAGUCGCUGGCUACGUUGGGCAACACUGCAUUCUUCACGCUUCUGGUGUCAAUGCUCCUGCCGGCGAAUAUGCCAUUGCAAAUUUUCAUCGUCGCUGUGACCCUACUGGUGUUUGGUAUCACUUUGGGAUGGGCUCUUUCAUGUGCGGGGAUGGAAGCAGCCUUGAAAGUCCGCAACCAGACAGUCUUGAAGUCCACGCUUCAGAAGACCCAGGAAAGCGCGGCAGGUCUGGCCAACCCCGACGCUGAAUUCAAAGUGGCAAUCUUCAACGGUGACUUUCUGGAUCCUGCCUCUAAUGCGAUCUUCGGUGUAUUCCUUGGCUGUGGUGUCUUUAUGUUCUCCCUAAUGCGUGCAUACGCACCGAAGCUAACUUUCGCGAGCAUCUUCGGCAUGAUUGCAAUGGAUAUCUUCUGUAGCUACGGUCCACUGUUCCCGUUCGCGCAGUACACCAUCCUCAACUCCUUGUUAACAUCGGUCGCCUGCUACAUUGCCAUAGCGCUGGUGCUCACCGUCUUCGUGUUCCCGGAGUCUAUGAACCACUCUUAUAUGAAUGCCGCGGCGGAUCUCCUAGAGAAGUUCAAAACCAUCAUUGCGGUGCAAGACGAAGUUCUACAGGCCGACCCGCAUGAUGUCUUGCCCGGAAAGCCUCUCGCUGGAAAGAUCAAGGGGCUCAGGGCCGGUUCACUUGCCCAAAUCCAGCAACUGUUGGCGUCGAAGCAGUUUCUCGGUGUUGAAUUCAGUUGGGGGCGAUGGAACGGGGAGGACGUAGCGGAGAUCAUGUCUCCGCUUAUGGUCGUGGCUCUUCGACUAGCGUCGCUCAACGGGUUCGCCCAGCUAAUGUCGAGCUUGUUGGCUUUGUCGGAAGAGCCUGCUUCCGACACCGAAUCAGUGGCCGAUUCUCAGAUUACAGCAACUGGCGACUCGUACCUAUUCCGCCAGUUCCGGGAGUGCAACGCGAUUGUCGAACAGGAGCACCGGGUCCGGCUAGUGGACAUUCUCCCCAACAUCCGUGAGGCAACAUCCGAAGUCCGCGCGGCAGCCCACGAGGUCCUUUCCAACAUCAAGUCGUUGGUGGUCUCCGUCAACAGGCACCGGUGGUUCUGCUCGUCGAAAGAGCAGGACGCCCUCCUCAUUGAGCUUGACAAAUCGCUCACCGUGCUCAAGGACGCCAUGGAAGCUUUCAAGAAUGACCGUCGGUUCGUCCUCCUGCAACCGUUCCAGCCGCUGCUCGAGCACCACGACGCCGGCAAGAUCCGCAACAUGCCUCUCCGCUCGCUUUACCUGGCUUUCGCGUUCUCUUCGAAUCUCACAACAGUCUGCCAUGCUAUCCAGACCCUCGCGGAAACUGUCACUGCGAUCGCGUCGAAACGGAAGACGCCGAGGCUAUGGGGACCCACCAGCUUCAGGCAUAUGUGGCAGGUCCUUCGCUCGGCGCGUGGCUCAGGGCAGGAUGCGGUUGGAGAAGACGACACACCCGAGGAGCCUGAGGACGCCGAGGAAAUCAGGGCGUGUAAGCGGGACCCGGACAGCCGGCCCCCUCAAAACUUCCUCCAGCGCCUCGCAAACACCAUCCACAAGGGCUAUAAAUGGUCUCGAACGCCGGAAGCGUUGUUUGCUUUCCGGAUGGUCAUUCUUACGAUCGCAUUGUGGAUACCGCAAGUAGCAAAAGCAUCUGCAGGCUUUGUGUAUAAAGAGCGCGGGAUCUGGGUUUUGAUCAUGGCUCAAACAACGAUGAACGUAUACGCCUCUGACCAAGUGUUCAAUUACGUGGUCCGUAUCAUCGGGACUCUCGUCGGGGCCCUUCUGGGUAUGGCGUGUUGGUACAUCGGCGCGGGGAGCGGCACUGGAAAUCCGUAUGGCAUCGCUGCCAGUGCCGCGGUGUUUAUCCUUCCCAUCAUCUUCUUACGGCUUUUCGCUCCUCCACAAUGGCUUAUAGGUGUUAUCAUGACCGGAGCAACAUUCACCCUUGUGCUCGGUUACUCUUGGAUUGACGGGAACCUCUCCGGCUUGACCCAAAAUAUCGGCAUUGGCUGGGAAGUCACAUGGAAGCGGUGGGUCACCACCAUGAUCGGUUGUGCCGCGUCGUUCAUCGUCAUGAUGCUGCCACCCAAGUCAGGGCGUAAGGCCGUGCGGAUCCGGAACGCCAACGUCCUCUCCGGGAUUUCAUACCUGUACUCGCACCUCACCUCAAUCUGGCUCUCCGCCGACGACCCCCUCCAGCUCUCGUGCGGGAAGUUCACGCCUGCGUCGCGCGGUUGGCCCGAGGACCUUCGCGCGAAGUUUGUCGUCCUGAGUGAGCAGAUUCAGGACCUGCGGAUGCGGACGGAGAUGUCCAAGUGGGAGGGGAACAUCCGCGGUGCGUGGCCAUACGAGGACUACAGCAGGAUGGUGGAGCUUCAGAGCGAGAUGCUGAACAGCUUGGUGCUGACGGCGAGCGCGCUCGUGAAUAUGGACCCUGCCAUGCGCAAGUCGACGCUCCCGCACACGUACAUCCUCAACCCGUACUUCAUCGGCGAUGUCGCCUCGACCUUCUACUCGGUCGCGUCGUCCCUUCGGACGGGGGAGCCGCUUCACGAGGCGCAACUGAGGAACCUCUCCGACCGCCUGCACUACCACGGCAUGUACUCGUACAACACCUCGCCCGCGGGACCCACUCGCCCAUUCGAGCAGCACCAAUCCAAAAUUCGUCACGAGCUUCACGACCACGAAUACAUGUCGUACGCGACCGCCGUGGUCGGCAUGCUGCAGCUCACAAACCACCUCACCGAGCUCCGGAAACUCGCGGCAGACUUGGUUGGAGAGGUUCCACUGGAGGGGUAUGCGGCGUGGAGGGAGCAGUACGGCAAGCAUGAAUGCUAG